GAGUGAGAUGCAGUGGUGUUGAGGAAGAGCUCAAUGCCGUGUGUGCUGGAGGAUGAAGCGGAUGAGCUGGAUGAUCACAGUCAUUAACAGAAGAAUGAUGAAGAUCCUCAUCUCCCUCGCGCUCAUUACCUACAUCGCCUCUGUCUGGGGAACCUACACAAAUAUGAGGUCUCUACAGGAACACGGAGAAAUGAAGGUUGAGCAGAGGAUAGAUGAGGCAGUGGCACCUCUCAGGGAGAAGAUACGAGAACUUGAGCUUAGCUUUACCCAGAAGUACCCACCUGUGAAAUUCUUAUCUGAGAAGGACCGGAAGAGGAUUUUGAUCACUGGAGGGGCAGGAUUCGUAGGCUCACACCUCACUGAUAAGCUGAUGAUGGAUGGUCAUGAAGUGACAGUGGUGGAUAAUUUCUUCACUGGCCGCAAGCGCAAUGUAGAGCACUGGAUCGGCCAUGAGAACUUUGAGCUGAUCAAUCACGAUGUGGUGGAGCCUCUCUAUAUUGAAGUUGACCAGAUAUAUCAUUUGGCCUCGCCUGCAUCACCACCCAACUACAUGUAUAACCCUAUCAAGACACUGAAAACUAAUACUAUUGGUACUCUGAACAUGCUAGGAUUGGCCAAGCGAGUCGGAGCUCGUUUGCUCCUCGCCUCCACUUCAGAAGUGUAUGGAGACCCAGAGGUGCACCCCCAGAAUGAGGAAUACUGGGGUCAUGUGAACCCUAUUGGCCCCCGGGCCUGUUAUGAUGAAGGGAAACGUGUUGCUGAGACAAUGUGUUACGCCUACAUGAAACAGGAAGGAGUAGAGGUGAGAGUGGCUCGGAUCUUCAACACCUUCGGGUCUCGGAUGCACAUGAAUGAUGGGAGAGUGGUCAGUAAUUUCAUUCUGCAGGCUUUACAGGGAGAGCCACUGACGGUUUACGGUUCAGGUUCUCAGACAAGAGCUUUCCAGUAUGUGAGUGAUCUGGUGAAUGGCCUGGUGUCCCUGAUGAACAGUAACAUCAGUAGUCCAGUGAACCUGGGCAAUCCAGAGGAACACACUAUACUAGAGUUUGCACAGCUUAUUAAAAGUCUAGUUGUGAGCCGCAGUCAUAUUCAGUUCCUUCCAGAAGCACAGGAUGAUCCACAGAGAAGGCGGCCAGAUAUCCGCAAGGCCAAAAUGCUUCUGGGCUGGGAACCUGUGGUGCCACUGGAGGAAGGCUUGAACAAAACCAUCCAGUACUUCAGCCGAGAGCUGGAGCAUCAAGCCAACAAUCAGUAUAUACCCAAACCCAAAGCUGCGCGGAUGAAAAAAGGAAGACCCAGACACAACUGAUGAAUUGUUGAUCUCAGGGAUGCUGGGAUACUGAAGGACCUUAGACGUCCAGCAGCCAUUUUAUGGCUUGGGUUUCCCGCCUCCCGCUUUCAGAUCCAUCUUUUUGAGAAGAAAAAGAAGAAGAAGAAAAAAAGGAAUUUUUCUGAUGUUUUCCCAAAUGUUUUGAAAAGCAGCUCAGGCAGAGAGCUGUCUCUAAAGAGUUUGUUUUUCAGUCAAAUGUGCCUCAAAGAUAUCCGAUUUACAGACUUUGCCUUGCACUUUGGUUUGUCAGUCGUCUGUCUGUUAUUUAAAGCAAGCUUAGAUCUUCGUGUGCAUUUUUGUUGUGUGUUUACAUUCUGUGCCGUUUUAAUUGAUGUGAUCUAUUUUUUUUAUCGUUGUCAAAGCUAGCGUAGAAAAUUAUGGAAAUUAGCGAUUGCAAACUAUUUAAAGAUCUCGAAUGUCUGGUCUGGAGCAGGAAAUUUGAGGACACGGAUGAAAAAAAAAAAAGCUUUGGAAAAUGUUCUUUCUGCUUUAAACUUUGUGAUGAUUUUGAGCAAAAUCUGCUGUUAACUUUGUGAAACUUCAUACAGAACUUUGAACCUAUAAUUGAUUUCAGGUGAAAAUAUUUUAAUAAAAUAUUUACUGUGA